AUCAGUAUUUAUUACACUUAGAAUAUUUGGAAAUGAAGAACUAACGAAUCUAAAUCAACCCUGACUGAUGAUAGGAGCAUUAUAAGUAAAGUUAGUGUUAGAGAAAGUAAAGAAAUCAGCAACUUCGGUGAAUCCGGUGCCGAAUCAACACCAAGGAUCCACUGACUCAUCCGAUGAACUGAGCUACGUCAGGGUUUAGCCUGUAGGCUAACACCUGGAUGUUGACGGUAAUUAGGCGAUUUUUCCGGGCAAGUUCUGACAGAUCGUGCUAGCUAUUUAAGCAGCAUUUAACAUCUGUGAAACCGCUAACUGAGGCAAAACCAGUAAAUGUAGACAUAUCUUCUGGUAAUAAAGUGCUGCUUGGUGUAUUAAAGCAACAAUGACUGUUAAGAAAACUUAAAUUGAUGCUUUACAAGGUGUACACACUAUCUGUGCAAGACAAAUUACUGCUAGAUUUGUGAUGGAGUUUGGUGUGGGGAGAUGGAGCCGGACAGACACGAGUCAUUAUCCGCCUUUCGUCCUCCUGAACCCUGAUGAGGGAAGAAGAUAUUCAUCUUGACCGGAUAAGAGGUCGAUUCGUCCCGGCUGCUGCCCGGUGUUGUGUCCUGAAAAUGUCCCCGGAGAUAAGAGCUUCCACGGCGGCGAGCUGAAGGAGAACAGCGGCAAGUUGGCAACAUUAGCAUUAGCCUCGCUUGACGGUGAUGAUGAGAGGAGAGCGUGGUGACGGUGCAUCUGAGGGCUGAAAUUAAAGAGGAUGCAUGGAGAUCUCAGACAGCCGGCAGGAACAUUCAUCCCUCCUCGCCCAGCGUGUCCGGUCUGCAGUCGGUCCCCUCCACCUGAGCCAGCAGCAUCAUGGGAGGUUCCACCUCCUCCCUUGUUGAGGAGGCCGAGGGAGAUGCACCCCGGGGUGCUGCUCUGCCCCCCUCCCCCAUCAUGGGAUGUCUGAGGAGCAGCCAAAGCACCUCCAUCCCUCGGCAGCUUCCCAGACCUGGCAGGCACAGAGAGCGCAGGUUAGAGACGAGACAGACUGCAGACUUCAGUGUUCAGGACGCUUCUCUUCUGGUUCGAUGCCCAUGCAGAGGAAUCAGUGGGCUUGUGGCUGUUGCACUUUCCUCAAUGCAGCCGGCGCCCCCCGCUGCUCCAUCUGUGAAGCUCCUCGAAGAGGAACUGACCCCCGCUGGAUGUGGCCCGGAACCAGCAGGGAGGAAGGUCGCUGGUCCUGCCCACGCUGCACACUGUCCAACUCCCCUGAUAAACUGUCCUGCUCUCUGUGUGGCUAUACCGGAGCACUGGACCGAACCCAGGGCUCGUCUGAGGACCAGCCUCGGCCCCAGCGCUCCAGCAGCUGCUCCGGUCCCCUGAGGCCGCCGCCGACUGAGCUGUUCAAGCAGCAAAAUACAAAACAGCCUGAAGACGCAGAUAAAAACAGCCUGAUUUGGGAAUGUUCACGCUGCACUCUGCAGAACACUCCUACCUCCAUGUCCUGCUCCGCUUGUGGCGGACCACGCAAACUGUCUCUCCCCCAGAUCCCUGCAGACGCCCUGCUCCUGCCUGACGUCUGCAAUCAGACCGGAGCAAAAGCCGAACCUGCAGCGGGGGCGCUCUCUCUUUCCAUAACGACACGUGGGGAAUGUUUACCAGUGGAAGCUUCGUACCCUCACACAAGCUCCUCGGUGCUCAGUGCGACGUCCUCAGCUCAUAAUAAUCCUGUCCCCUGCAGCCGCAGAGAGGUGCCCCCUCCAGAUGUUUGCCUCAGUCAGACACAUAACUUAAGUCCUUCGCCGUCAACGCUCGCUGUGUCACACCUCUCUGCCCAGCCUGAGCUCCUGCCCAGCAGACGGCUCAGCAUCCUUAAAGAAGAAACAUCACCGCUGUCACCUUCAGCAGCUGUACUGUUUCCAGUCCCUGUUAACAGGACGGAGGAGUGGUCAUGUCCAGCAUGCACCCUCAUCAACAAGGUCAAAGCCAAACACUGCCUGGCCUGCCACACUCCUCAGCAGCACAUCACACAGCUGAAACCAGCGGCGUCCCCGAAGAGGAAGGAGAGCAAGCUGGUGGAGGCGCUGCGACAGAGUGACGAAGGAGAGGCCAAAGAGCUGUGGGAGAACAUCGUCAGCUUCUGCAGAGAGAACUCAGUAACGUUUGUGGACGACAGCUUCCCUCCUGGUUCAAAGUCUGUGGGCUUCCCUCUGGACGACAGCGUCCAACAUCGGGUCAAGAAGUGGCUCCGUCCUCACGAAAUCAACUGCUGCAACCUGAGAGAUCGGGCGGUGAAGUGGUCUGUUUUCCGCACGCCCCGCCCCUCUGACAUUCUGCAGGGACUUCUGGGUAACUGCUGGUUCCUGAGUGCCUUGGCUGUCCUGGCUGAACGUCCUGAGCUGGUGGAGAAGGUGAUGGUGACUCGCUCGCUGUGUGCAGAAGGAGCCUAUCAGGUGCGUCUGUGCAAAGACGGCUCGUGGACCACGGUGCUGGUGGACGACAUGCUGCCGUGUGACGAGAACGGACACCUCCUCUUCUCUCAGGCUCAGCGGAAACAGCUCUGGGUGGCUCUGAUUGAAAAAGCCCUUGCCAAGCUCCACGGUUCAUACUUUGCCUUGCAGGCGGGCCGAGCUAUCGAGGGCCUGUCCACGCUGACUGGCGCCCCCUGCGAGUCACUGGCCCUCCAGGUCAGCACCACAAACCCCAAAGAAGAACCCAUCGACACGGACCUCAUCUGGGCCAGAAUGCUGAGCUCCAAAGAAGCGGGUUUCCUGAUGGGAGCUUCCUGUGGAGGAGGUAACAUGAAGGUGGAUGACUCAGAGUACGAAUCUCUGGGUUUACGUCCACGUCAUGCUUACUCUGUCCUCGAUGUGAGAGACGUCGACGGUCACAGAUUACUGCAGCUGAGGAACCCGUGGGGGCGUUUCUCCUGGACUGGACCCUGGGCGGAUGACUGGCCCAGCUGGCCUCCACACCUGAAGAGGGAGCUGUGCGCCCAGCGAGCCGAGGAUGGCCUGUUCUGGAUGGACUUCUGGGAUUUCAUCAGGUACUUUGACUCAGUGGAUAUCUGUAAGAUUCAUUCAGACUGGCAGGAGGUUCGAGUGCAGGGUGUUUUCCCCCGAGGAGCCGAUGUCCCGGUGACGGUGGUGUCCAUCACAGUUCUGGAGAGAACGGCCAUGGAGCUGGCGUUGUUUCAGCAGGGCAGCAGGCGAUGGGACACAGCAGAGAGCCACCUGUUGGAUCUGUGUGUGUUGGUGUUUCGGGUCUCCUUCGACAGCUCAGGUGUUCUGGCGCUCGGACGCCUGCUGGCUCACAGCCGCCGCUCGGUGAGGAGGUUCGUGGGCUGUGACGUCAUGCUGGAGCCCGGCGAGUACGCCGUGCUCUGCUGCGCCUUUAACCACUGGCACACCGCCAUCACAGAGGGGACAGCGAGCUGCAGUAGAUCGGAGGUUCCUGGUUACAUGCUGGCGGUCUACAGUUCCAGACUGGUGAUGGUGGAGCAGGUAACGGCCUCCAACACCACCAUCGCAGACGCCAUCAUCCAGCUGACAGAAACUAAAGGAGAGAGACACGAGGGUCGGGAGGGGAUGACGUGUUAUUACCUGACCCACGGCUGGGCGGGGCUCAUCGUCAUGGUGGAGAACAGACAUCCCAAACAUCACCUCCACGUGUCGUGUGACUGCAGCGACAGCUUCAACGUGGUGUCGACACGCAGCAGCCUCAAAGCCAUCGACAGCAUCCCUCCUCUGCACAGACAGGUGCUCGUGGUUUUGUCUCAGCUGGAGGGAAACGCUGGAUUCUCCAUCACUCACCGGCUGGCUCAUCGUAAAGCCGUCCAGGCUUCUCUGGGAAACUGGAGUCCCUUGAAGGCAACACACAGUCCUGCUCUGAGCCCCGAGACAGCAGAUCCAGUAAAUUCCCAGUACAGACUCAUGAUAUCGAUGCUUACAAUGGUCCAGCCUGCCCACCGAUCAAUGCAACUUCAGUUUCCGUCCCGCCCGUCGGAUCUGAGUGUCAGGAUAGGGAAGCAGAGUGAAGGGGCAGCUGCCGGCGGAGCAGCAAGCCUGGUGGACAAGAUGUCGGAGAGCCCGGAGAAGAGCGCCUCGGUGUCGGCUCAGGAGCUGAAGGAACAGGGGAACCGCCUGUUUCUGAGCCGCAAGUACCUGGAGGCUGCUGCCUGCUACAGCAAAGCCAUCACCCACAGUCCCUCCGUCCCGGCGUACUACACCAACAGAGCGCUGUGCUACGUGAAGCUGCAGCAGUACGACAAAGCUCUGUCCGACUGCAGACACGCUCUGGAGCUGGACAGCCAGUCGGUCAAAGCUCACUUCUUCAUGGGUCAGUGUCACCUGGAGAUGGAGAACUAUGACGAGGCCAUCGGCAACCUGCAGAAAGCUUAUAACCUGGCGAAGGAGCAGCGGCUGAACUUCGGCGAUGACAUUCCCAGCGCUCUGCGUGUAGCCAAGAAGAAACGGUGGAACAGCCUGGAGGAGAGGAGGAUCACUCAGGAGAGCGAGCUGCACGCCUACCUCAGCAAACUCAUCCAGGCUGAGAAGAAGAGGGAACUGGAGGGCUGCAGACGGAAACAAGAAGACAAGUCAGACGACAGCAGAGUUCAACACAACCUCAACGAGAUCCACACCAAACACGACAAAUAUCUGUCAGACAUGGAGGAGCUGUUCUGUCAAGUGGACGAGAAGAGGAAGAAGCGUGAGAUUCCCGACUUCCUGUGUGGAAAGAUCAGCUUCGAGCUGAUGAGAGAGCCGUGCAUCACGCCCAGCGGAGUCACGUACGACAGGAAAGACAUCGAGGAGCACCUGCAGCGAGUCGGCCAUUUUGACCCGGUGACGCGCUCUCCCCUGACCCAAGACCAGCUGAUCCCGAACCUGGCCAUGAAGGAAGUCAUCGAUGCUUUUAUUUUGGAGAACGGAUGGGUGGAGGACUACUGACCAAUGAGAGGACGGAAGGGAAAUUGUUGUUUCAGUUUGUGGCUGGAGACGGAUCCUGCAACAAAAUCACAGACUUUAAGUCUUUAAACUCGAUUUUAAAAUCAACACAGCAAACAAAGUUAAUUCUUAAAGAAAACAAAAGUUAAAAAGUGAAUAACUGAAUGAACUGAGACAGAUGAUCUAUAAAACAGAGAUGAAUGUAGGAGAACCGUUUGAAGAGGCUGUUAGAUGAUGUGUAAUUAUUGAUCGUCUGAGUCGCCACUAGAGGUCGCUGUAGUUCAACCUGCUGUUUGUUUGAGCAGAGGCGGAAAUUAAAGCACAACUAAAUAUAUAUUUAACAGUCCGAUUGUCCAAAAACACAAUCAAGUGAGAACCAAAAGUAAAACAACUCACAUACCCAAAAAUCAUAUUUAUUAUUGAUGCUUUAAUGUUUCAAAGUUUUACUCUCGUUGUGUUUAAUCUGACUUGUGGAUUCCUCUCGUUUCAUCAUUGUUGAAUGUCAGAACGAACCGAACGAAGGUCGAGUUGUUUUCUGCAGUCACACGUUUUAUGUUUCAAGGUGAGAACAGAGAAUCGUUCGUCCCACUGGACACAGUUCUGAUGGAGCCGAUGUUCUGAUUCUGAUUACAAACAGUGAUAUUAAUAAAGUGAAAUUUCUGUUAUUUUAUUUAUGUCUGAGUGACGACAGGAAGUUGUCCUCUGUCGACCUUAUGGAAAAGCUUUUGAGUCCUUUUUUCACAAUUCUGUCUUUAAUUCUUAGUGUCGUCUCCACAUUAAUACAGAUAUUAAGCAACACAAACAUUUUCAUUUUCAGCAGAUUUUUAGGUCACUGAACACUGAGAUUUUUUUUAAAGAAACCUCCGACGUCUCGCCUCAGUUUGAGCCUGUUGGUGCUUCAGUGAGCAGCAGCUCCACACAGAUGAAACUCCUUCAGCUUCCUGUUUCCACACAGCGUCUCAGCAGUGUGACAAACAUGUUAAAUCUAAGUAAAAGAAAUGAGUCAAGUCUCUUUCAGUGUUUUUUUUCAUUCUGACAUAUUUUGCUAAACAAAGUUCACAUGGACAGGAUUUUUUAGGGGAAAGAUAACCAUGUAGAAAAAUGGACGAGACCUUUUUAAAUCUGAGAAUAAAUUCAGAAUUGUGAAAUAAAAGGCAGAACUCAGAUUUUUUUUCUGUUUUGUUUUCGUGGCGCUUGUAAUCCUCCGUACGUCCUCGACAGCUUCUGAACUUUGUUCAACAGCCGGACGCGGACCAGUGAGACCAGUAGAACUUAAUCAGAUGAGACGUUUGAGGACCGUCCGUACAGUUCAGACUCCACCGUUUCUCUGUGAUCAGUGUCAUUUGUAACCAGCUCGGUAUUGACGAUCAUCAGAUAAUGUAUUGAUCCGUGCUGCGGCUCAGAGAAUCAUCAUCAUUCCAGGUGGACGUGUGGAAAAGUGUUGCGUUUGCUGGCAAACUAAAAAAACAAACAGGAAACUGGAGCGUUCCAGCUGGGAGAGAAAGAGGAGCGACCAGAUUUAGUUGUAAAUUUAAAAUCGUGUUUUCAGAUCUUUUUCUGUUUUUUAUGAGUGGACUCUGGUGCAGCUUUGUGCAAAAACUACAGUUCUGCUUGUGAUUUGUUUCUUUUACAGUUUCCUUCUUGAAUUGUCGAUAUUGCUGUGUGUUUAUACCAAGUGUGCACAUUAAUCUGUCUUCUUGCACUCAACAAAGACAAAAGCUUUUUUUUUUGCUUCAGUUUGUCAAAGAUCUCAGAUGUUUUGUGUAUAUAAAAGGAAAUUCUCAAGUUUUGAGCACAAAUGUGUUGAAGUGGUUUAAAUCUCUCCUCUGCAAAGUGAAUCCGUCCAUGAGGAAACAGUCACUAACGUGGGUUUUAACAAAUCAUGACAGGAACGAUUCUUUUGUUUGCAUAAAGAGUCUUAAAUCUUUUCAAAGUGCUGCGUAACAUUUUGGUGGCGUGUUCAUCAGAACGAGGCCUCGGCUGCAAAAAUGAAAUCUGACUCCUGUUUAAAUGUGACGAUUACAAUCCAGCUUUGACUCAAUCAAAUGCAAUCUGAUUUUCUAAAAUACUGUAAUGUGAUUAAAAAAAUUAAAUGUUUCAUGUUUUCUACGUCUGA